UCAGUUUGUUGCCAUCACCAUUAUAGCCAUAUCCUCCCACACGCUACAAAACAUCCUCGUGCUGCCGCCACGUGAACCACAAGCACCACAGUUGACACUAGGUGCUCUGGCUCUCAUCUUUGCUCUUCCGCUGCAGCACAGAGCGAGCCUACUUUCUAUGCUCAAUCUAAUUCUCAUCGCAUCCACACCGGUCGGCGCGGAGGCGGCCGACCGACCACCCGUCUCUGACUAGAAAACAGCUGUGUAACCGCACGCACUUUCGCAACUUUCGGGGGAUGUCUUCGAGCUGGCAACCACUGCUAACUCUCUAUCAGUCUAUUGCGCGAGGGUUGAACGUUCGGAUCGGACCGGACCGGUGUGCUGUGUUUGCUGCGGUCGGUGGCGGAUCCUAGCUCGUUGUGUGUCGUCGUACGCGGUGCGGUGGUGGAUUUGGCGCGAAAGGGUAGGCGUUUUCCGGCAUUAGUGUUCGUGGGAAAGCUGAUCGCGAGCGAUGCCAGGGAGGCGGUUGUUUCGCUGGUAGUUGCCAGUUCCGGUUAACAAGGUCGUUUCGGCAGCGGGUUGGAUUGGGGCGUGCGUGCGUGAGUGCGUGCGGUUGGACAGUGGUGGGUGUUGGAGGAGAGUGGAUGCAAAUCAGCUCACCGUAACGCACGAGAGUAGAGUGAAUCGAAUGCGCUUUUUGUGUUGCACUUGAUUGCAUUAUUGUGCCGUUGCGGUGAAAGAUUGUUUGCCUUCUGAGUGAUGGAUGGCUAUUCUACGUGCAAACGAUAGCUGGAAGUAUAGUGCAGUGAGCUCAUACGAGACUGUUCCCAUUGAGGGAGAUCGAUAAAAUUUUGUGGCUUUGUGGAUGAUGCUUCUCUUCCGUCGGCUCUGAUUACGAAAGAUUGAUGAGGAUUAUUGGAACAACUUCUGACGAAUGAGCCUUGUAGCACCCACAUCAAUCGAAGAAUGUGUCAGUAGUUUUAAACUAUUCCAAUGAAGAUGCUCAAUAACGAUUCCCAAGGAAUGUUUCAUCACUCAAGCUAAACUUGAGGCAACUUCCAUGGACUAAGGCAAACUGUCAGUUGCAAACAUCGGCGAUCUAAAACUUCGAAAAGUACCGAAAACUCGUUGCGGCUUGUUUUGAUGGAUUAGGGUGCUGGUGCAAUCUGUGUAAAACGGUAGCUGUAUCGUUAAAAGAAGUGAAUAUCAACUUAAGACUGCCCUUGGGAUAAGAUGCUGUAUAUGGCAGUUCGCAGCCUACGAUGGAUGAAGAUCCUGAUAUUAUUGCUAUUUAUACAAGGCACCGCACCAUCACUCUCGCGGUACUCCGGCGGAAAUUACUUGGAAGAGGACAAAUACUCGCCCGGUUUCCUGACGCUGGGACAAAAGUACAGCAUAGCCCUCGGCUCGACCGUUGUACUGCCAUGCAAAAUUAAUGAAACAGAACGAUCCGCCCAGUACAUACUGGCGUGGAAGCGGGGCAUCGCGGUCCUGACGGCGGGCAGCCUCAAAGUCACCGUCAACCCCCGGAUACGGCUAAUGCCAAUGGUGCAAGGUCAGCCCGGGUAUAAUUUGGAAAUCCGAGACGUGCACAUCGGCGACGCCGGGGACUACAUCUGCCAGAUCGGCACCAUGGAGGUGAAGGAGAUUGUCCACACGCUGGAGGUGCUGGUGCCGGCCAAGAUUGAUUACAUCGCACCGGUGCACCCGGUCGAGGUGCACAAGGGAGCUCGGGUUCGGCUGGAAUGCAGGGGCACCGGAAACCCCAUGCCGAGAAUCAUCUGGUCCAGACGGAAUAAAUUACUGCCGAGCGGAGAUGCCAACGUAAUGGAAUUCGUAUUUGAGAUUCUUCAUGUUAAUCGUCACAGCAGUGGGCAUUACCUGUGCACGGCCGACAACCGAGUCGGACAGCCGGACGUCAGAGAGUUUACCGUCAAUGUGCUACACGCACCGGAAGUUGAAGUUGAGCAGCAUACAGUUCACGGUGGUGUUGGGUACGAGGCCCAACUAACAUGCACCGUUCACUCCGAACCAGCGGCCAAUGUGGUUUGGCUGAAAGAGGGCACCGAGUUGGACAGCAACGCUAAGCAUCAUUCGCAAUCGGUCAAUGGGAACAAACACAGUCUCCUCAUUCGCAACGUUACCCGCUACGACCUUGGAAACUACACCUGCCAAGCAUCCAACCAUCUGGGCACCGAUCGUGGAACUCUAAACCUGAGUGGUCUUCCAGCGAUUUGUCACUUUGAUUCGCCAAUUGCGAGUAACGAUCGAGACCAGUACAACAUCACCUGGACGGUGGAAAGCCAUUCACCGAUCGAGGAGUACCGGCUGUUCUACCGGUUGCAAUCUCCCAACCGGCAUCCGUCGUUGGAUAAUCACUUAUUCCCGCAUUCCGAAUUUGGUUUGUACGGUUCUGGUGGGUACAACUCGGGGGGAUAUUUCGGUGAUGAACCAUGGGAAAGCGUCUCCAUACCGGAGAUGGUGGACAACAUUCACGGCGGUGGAGGAUAUGGUAGAGGGAUGUUCUACAGCGAUCCGUACGGUUACCAGCCGGAAGUGGUUCAUCGUUCGAGUUUCCAGUUGAAGAAGCUACGAUCGGGAAGCAAUUACGAGGCACGGGUUCAGGCCCGUAACGAGUACGGCUGGAAUCAGCUGUCGAGCGUGUUUCAUUUCUCUACGAAGGCGGAUGAUCCUCAAGUGGAACCUUCUGCACAACCGGCCGUAUACGGGAUCGGCUUGCUCGAGAAAAGUCGAAUGAUUUUCGGUAGUGGAGCAAGUAGAUCUUCGCAAUUCUGUACACUCCUGCUGGGUCUGUUGACGCAAGUCAGUGUCUUAAUCGUAAUCCAGCCAUUUCUACUGUAAAACAAUUCUCAGAUGUAUUAAUUACUUAUUAUGUUAAGUAAGGUAAGCUUAUAAUGACUGAUUAAUUGAAGAACCAUAAUUUAACAUAAACUGAAUUUAUAAUAAGAAAAUACUAGAGGAAAGUAUGCUUCUACAUUUGUUUCAAAAUAUUCAUCCUAACAGCUUAAUUUUAAGAGCGCAUAAGGUAAACCGGUUUCUGAAAAAGUGAGGUUUUAUAAGUUUAAUAAACUUUUUUUAAUUCAUAAUAUAAGUUCGUCAGCGAUGUUUAUAAGUGUCAGUUUUUCGAUUUACUGGAAAAAACCGUUUGGAAUCAACUAAGAUAAUUAGUUUUCCAGAUAUUUUGAUUUGUUUAUUUUAAAACAAGAUGACAAUUUUGGCCAAUGGCUUUGGUCGAACAUAGAUCGUUGAAUAAGAAUCAAAUAAAUAUAGUGUCUAGAAUUUAGAAACACUUUGUUUACAAAGACAUUUCUGAAAUGGAACGAGCGAUCAAAUUACAAAAGUCUUAUCUGGAGAAGAUUUGUAAAACAGUUACCUACAUAAUGUACAUAUCUCAAUAUUUAUGUCAGUAAGUAAUCAUCACGAAGAAAGAACAAAGUAUAGUGGGAACGCCGAAUAGUUAGUAAUACCACUUACAGAAUUACUAAUUGGUCGAACGAUUAUUCUUUACAUUAUUCCAUUUACAAAUCCAAUUGCUGAUAAACUUAACAAAAAAUGUGAGAUUUAUACACAAAAAAAUGGUAAUUCAAAGAGCUCAUAUGUCAAGAAAUAUAAUAAAAUUAUUUUUGAGUCACAUUA